AUGCCGUUCUUCAAAAGGUUCAUGCCGAUCCUUCUUCCAAUGUAUCCCGUUUUGGAGGAAAAAGUCAAGUGGGAUGUCUACGGUGAGAAGUACAGGCCAGAAGAUUACACAGUAUCGAAACUUCGGGUCCAUCUUCCCGUUCCACAAGAGAUUAUCAAAGAAGCGGAUGAUCCGACGGCAAAUAUGGCGGUGCCAAUAGCGGAUGAUGCUCCCACAAAGUGUAUCACAGUUAUAGAAAAAAUUGAGGUCAGCUGUAACGUGGAGUACAUUGAGUUCGAAGGUCGCUCAGACGGUGAAUCAACGAAGAAGCUCAUCGCUCAAAUGAAACCGAAGCAACUGAUUAUUGUCCACGGUUCAGCGCAAGCCACACGACACCUCGCUCAAUACUGCUACGAUAACAAUAUAGCACAGGGUCAUAUCUUCGCGCCUUCUGUUGGUGAAGUUGUUGAUGCCACCGUAGCUUCUCAUAUCUACCGAAUAUUACUGAGUGAUGAGCUGUUUGAAAGCCUUGAGUUCAUAAAGGUGAAAGAUGCUGAUUUGGCUUGGAUAGAUGCUCAAAUCACGGCCAGACCAGCAGAGAUAGGACUGGAGAGAGAGAACGGCACGGACUCAGAUGUACAACCGAUGGAUACUGAUCAACACAUUGAUAAGUGCAUGUUGAGCGCUUUGAGUGGUGAUGCGCCGUUCCGAGAUGUGGUCUACGUCAAUGAUCCGAAACUUUCCGAAAUGAAACAACUGUUGAUCAAUAUGGGUUAUUCUGCUGAAUUUUCGUCAGGAGUUCUGUAUAUAGGAGGAGUGAUCUCAAUCCGACGUAAUGAAGCUGGCAGAUUUCAUAUUGAAGGAUGCGCAGGCCCGUUGUAUCUCAAGCUGCGAGAUAUAAUCUUGGAGCAGUUCAUGGUUCUUUAA